ACGCGGGAAGGGGGAUGAUCUUUGAAAGUCAAUUCACCUUUGUAUAUCGCUAUUGUCGACCACGAUAUUACGAUCGCGACUGAAGCUGUGAAACAUGGGUGAACCCGCUUCUGCCUCUGGCAGUAACGACAAUGAGACGUCGACUCCGACUUUGGAUGUGGAGUGGGAUGCGGACAAUCGGUUUCUGAUGAACCAUUCGGUCAAGACCUUUUCCUGGACUGGUCUUACUGUUACUGUAAAGGAUCGCCAGACGAAAGAGGCCAGGGAUUUGAUCAAUGAUAUUAGCGGAGAUGUCCAGCAGGGCGAACUCGUGGCUUUAAUGGGACCUUCCGGCUGUGGUAAAACAACCCUGCUCAAUGUCCUUGCGAGACGGCCAGCUGCAUCGGGUGCCAAAGUGCUGGGUGACUGCUAUGUCAACGGCACCAAGGUAGACGUUGGAUCGUUCGGUCGCAUGACAUCCUAUGUCGAGCAGGAAGAUGCUCUCAUUGGAUCUUUGACUGUUCGUGAAACGCUCAAGUUUGCAGCAGAUCUCUCACUGCCCAUCUCGGUUACCAAGCGCCAACGCAUCGAUCGCAUCCGGACACUCUUGGAAGCCUUUGGUAUCCAGAACCAAGCCGGCACCCUGGUCGGAACCCCGAUUCGCAAGGGUAUCAGUGGUGGCCAGAAACGACGUGUCAGUGUAGCCAGCCAACUCAUCACCUGUCCCAAGAUCCUGUUCCUGGAUGAGCCGACCAGCGGCCUGGACUCGAAAGCCAGUUACGAGGUGAUGUUGUAUGCGAAGGAACUAGCACGGGCCAAUAAUAUCAUCAUCAUCGCCAGUAUCCACCAACCGUCGACGACAACCUUCCAGCUCUUCGACAAGCUUUUGCUCCUCUCUGGUGGAAAGACGUGUUAUUUCGGUUCAAUCGGCAAUGUCGACAGCUACUUUGGACAGAUCGGCCACCCGGUUCCUGCAUACACCAACCCAGCCGAGUUCCUGCUUGAUAUUGUCAGCUCGGACUUUGGCGGUGCCAGUGGACAAGCGCCCGAACGAGUCCAACAGAUUCAGUACGCCUGGUCGGUGUCUGGGGAGUCCACCGCUGUCAUGAACCAAGUAACCGAGCGCACACGCGAGUCAGAGAAACAAGCAGGAGCGCUGUCUGCGGAGGACAUGGCCCGUCCGGGCCCGGUCACGGUUACCGCUGCGCUGCUGCAUCGCUCGUUUAUCAAGAGUUACCGCGACGUCAUUGCCUACGGCAUUCGCAUUGUGAUGUAUCUUGGUCUUGCUAUUAUGAUGGGCACGGUAUGGCUGCGCCUACACCCGUCUCAGGACUAUAUUCAACCCUUCAUCAACGCCAUCUUCUUCGGAUCAGCUUUCAUGUCCUUCAUGGCCGUCGCCUACGUGCCGGCCUACAUUGAAGACCGGGCAACCUUUGUAAAGGAGCGUGCCAACGGCCUCUACGGAGCGACACCCUUUAUGGUCGCCAACUUCCUCAUCGGUCUCCCAUUCCUCUUCCUCAUCUCAAUGCUCUUCUCAAUCGUCUCAUACUGGCUGUCCAACUUUCGCCCCGACGGAUCCGCCUUCAUGAUCUGGGUAAUGUGGAUGUUCCUUGAUCUCGUCGCCGCCGAAAGUCUCGUCGUAUUCGUCACAUCUAUCUUCCCCAAUUUCGUCAUCUCGCUCGCCCUAGUUGCCUUCGCGAAUGGUCUAUGGAUGAGCGUGGGCGGAUUCCUGGUUACACCGACUAUCCUGAAUCCGUUCUGGAAAUAUGUCUUCCACUAUAUCGACUAUCAGGCAUACGUCUUCCAAGGAAUGAUGGUGAACGAAUUCUCCGAACGGAUUUACUCAUGUGGUGAUGGCUGCCAUUGCAUGUUUAACUCGGAUCUGGCAAGUCAGUGCCAGAUUCGUGGUACUGCUGUGCUUCAGCAGUAUGGGUAUGCGACUGGACGCACGGGUAAAUGGGUUGGCAUUCUUAUUGGCAUUAUUGCGGUGUAUCGGCUGUUCGGGUGGAUUGCGCUUCAUCUACGUCGGACUUGAUUCAUCGCUUGGUUGAGACCUAGAAAUGGUGGGUGAACUGGUUAAAAGCUGGACAUAAUUGAUAGAAUGAUGGAAGAUGGAACGAUACGUAUUUACUAUAAUUACUCUCGGUUGAUGAAGAUGAACUAUAUGAUCCACAUUGUG